AUGCGAAGACAUAGCUUCUUCAGCUUGUUCUUGAAUUUGUCAAAAGGGAAUUGUGCUGGGAAUUGUGCUGGGAAUUGUGCUGGGAAUUGUGCUGGGAAUUGUGCUGGGAAUUGUGCUGGGAAUUGUGCUGAGGAUUUUGAUGACCUUCUUGCCCAGUUUGCUAAAGCUAAAUCCAAGAAGAGUAAUGUUCCUGCUGUGGCUGCUCCACCAAAAGUAGCACCAAUGGGAUCCACAAUUUCGGUUGGUCUGAGUUACACUUGGGGGCUGGGAAUGCUUUUGGAGGUGGUUUGUGCCUCGAAUCCAGCUGCACUGGAGGAUGGCAUUGGAGAGGUGAAUUCACAGCAUCAUUGAGAUUUGCACAGCCGGGAUAGUCAUUGGUCAGUAAUUGGUCAGUAGCUUAAGUACCUACUAGCCAGCCAAAUUGUCUUGAGUUCAUGGUUACAGCCUUGCUGAAUGCAGCGUGCAUCUGCUCCAACAGAGCUAUACCCUCCAAAGAACUGUCAUGCUUAGGUCGUAUACUAUUACUCUAUAUGCUCACUGAGUGAUCGCAUGUUAAUGGGUUAAAAUAUAGUUGAAAUGUAGAUAUAUGAGAAUGACAUCUUUAUCACAAUUGUGUAUAUUAUAUGUGUGCCAACAUUUUAACAACAUACGAGCAUAGCAUUAUUGUAUGCUUAUGAAAUUUAUAAUAUAGACUUUGAAUACCCCCUUUGACAUUACAUAUUUACAUUAAUCUCAUCAUCAGCUACGUCACUACGGAGUACCAUGAGAAGCAUGCGCAUUGCUUGUCAGUCAGUGCAUGGUUUGCUUUGUCGACCGGCGAACAUGUUCUGAAGAGCUCUGAAGAAAAUAUAUAAAUAUUCAGUGGGAGACACACUCAAACUGUAAGUAGCGCUCCCUAAUUUCAAUAAUUUGCAAUUCCUUGACUCUUUUUUCCAUAUUUAUAGCAGGUUUGUUCAAAACAAGUACGAACGACCAAACUAUGGGUUAAAGGCAGCUAAAAAAAAACUUUUGUUAGAGAAUUUGCAAUGUACUGUAGUAUAUAACUAUGAUGUAAAAGUAGAAAAUAAAUUCAGUUUGAAAAUACUAGCUUAUGAGUUAUGUUUAGUUAACUGUUUUAUAUCACCUCUUAUGACAAUGCACAUACCAACCUCGCAAACAAGGGCCUCCACACCCGCGGCGGGACGGAGACCCUUGUAAAGGCUGGUCACAUGACCUCCCAGAUUCUGGGAGGUAAAUCAAAUUAUACUGAGGGAGGGGUGGUCGAGGAGCGGGUUUGUAAAUUUCUCAUAUUUGGGGAAAUAUUAAACAAAUAUUGUUUUGAUUCUCGUGCAAAAGAUAACGUUUCGUGGCGUUCUGAGAUAGAAAAAAUCAUGUAUUUAGCACCUUCAUUUUGUUGGUAAAUAUCGAAUUACAACAUGGCCACAUGUGCUCAGGUCAAAUAUCACAAAAUGUGUUUUUAUUCUGUCGCUGAUGGCUGCAAGAGAAACACCGAAAAAGCACUACUUCAAAAGCACCACUGCAGAAGUCUAUAGUUCCUCUUGUUGUCUUUGUAAAGCUGUUGUUGACAAAAAUCAUUGUAAAGAUUUGUUUAAGUCUUCUAAUCGAACUGUAUUAAUUAUGGCAACAAUUUGCCUCAAGACAACAGUCUACCGCAUUUGAUAUGUCGUCCAUGCGAAAGAAGGCUUACUAACGCAAUCACGUUCAAGAGUGUGAUUACUAAAACGCAGAAAUCUUUAGAGCAAGAGAUCCGUUCAAAAUGAUGUCUAGAAUUAUCUCCGUCAGUUGUUCAACCAUCUACUUCUAGAGUGUGUGCGAGUGUCAGUUCCUUGCCGACUUCUGCUGCCUCUGGUCGCAGAAGGAGUUUGGAAUUUACUUAAUCUUUUUCUGCCACAUCGGGGGUAAGUUUCUUAAAUCUACUUGUAUUAAAUGCGCAAAAAAAGCACGAUUUAACCGCUAUUGUAUGGAAUGCGAAUUUAAUGGUUUGAUAUAGAAUGCGCGAUUGUAAAACGUUUUCCAAAACCCCGAAACUUACAGUAAUUGAUCACACAAUGAGCACAUUCAUACACAAUGAGAGUAUUCAUUCUAGUUUAAUAACUGUUAUUUAGUCCCUCCAGCUGUAUAAAUGUAAAAUGAAAUGGUAAUAUAUGAAUAAGUGUGUUGAUUAUUAAAUAAACCCUGUGUAAAUUCAUACAUAAUUUAUGAAGACAAAUACUGUGUUACCGUAUGGUAUUACAUUACAUGUGGCAAAAUGUAUGACAUUCAAGUAUUUACAGUAACUACCCUUUUUUAUCAGAACCAGUGAAAUUUGCCCAGGCUUAAGUGUUCCUAUUUUUUUCCAUUUUAAGGCCAGCAAUGCUCUUAUUAAGUUUGUUCUUAUAAAAAAAAGCAGCCAUGUACAUGUGUGCUUACUACAAGUUUACUACAAGCAUUUAAACAAUAGAGUUGAGUGAAACAGCACAGCCUCUAUUAUAUACCAUUUCAUUCUUAUCCACCUCUGUAUACAAAUAUUGUGUAGUAUUUAGACUUCUGAUGCAACAUCGAUAUAAUGCAUAAAUAAUAUGAGACUUUACAUUGUGCCACUGAAAGAUCAUAUUCCCUUGACCCCAAUCCAGGCAGCCAAUGUUUAUGUUUUGCAUGUUUGCAUGCUCUCAAUCCUAAACAUUACUUACUAUAUAUAACAACCUGCAUGCAUGCAAACAUGCAAAAAUAAUUCUCUGCAAUCAAGUAUCUGUACCCUCUAAAGAAAAUACAAGAUCACUGUAUCUUAAGAUAAAGUAUAAUUUCAGUUAUUGUGUUUUUUUAGACAGUCAACCGGCCUUCUCCUUCCAGUAUUGAAACCACUCAGGCAAUCAAUGUUAUGUUGAAGGCAAAUGAAGAGUUGGUUGAAAUUAGCAGAAGUGAGCCAUCAGUAUUGCGGAAAAGAUCAUAUGAAGGAAUGUCUGAUGAAAAUUGGAUGACUGAAGUGAUUAAUGAACUUUCUACUUGCUGUCCAGUUGUAUCAGACAUAUUGUCAAAGCUACUUGAUAUCAUGUAG